GCAGGUGGUCCACCUUCAGAGAGAAAAAGAGAGAGUGAAGAGAGAGAGUGAGGGGGAGGGAGAGUUGAGGGGAAGGAGGGACGUAAAGAGUGAGAGAGGAAAAGGCGCUCCAGCAACGAACAUUGGUUCAGGCUACUUUCUCGACGACAAAACAGUUAACCUGUCGAUAGCAGCGCGUGCAGUGAGGAUAUUAAAUUGCCAGCUCCGCUGUCACUCCUGCUGACACCACCUCCACUCAAGCUCGUGCCGCAGAAAUCAAGUAGGGGUAGUCUAUGCAUCGGCUGCAAACGGCAAAUGAAAUUCCUGAAAAAAAGGACCGACGCAAAGUCUGUGCGCGCGCGGUAAACCCGCUUUAUGAAUGGCCCGAACAUGGAAGAAAUUCCGUUUGAAAGAGUCCAGACCCAGCGGAAAGAGGGUCACUGUCCGGCCGCCGCGGGUACAACCAUCGGCGCCAUCGCAUGUGAGGACGAGUUCGACAGCAAAGAGCUCGAGUCGCUCUUCCAAAACUACAACCUGAAGCUGGAGCAGACCUCCACGCUCAAAGCACUGGCGGUGCUUAUUGUGGCCGCUUCGUCGCUUGCGCUGAUGGAGCUGCUUUCCGGUCCUAGGCUCACGGUGUCCAAGGGCUCGCACCCGGUUCACUGCGUGGUGUUCGUUUCGCUCUUUAUUGUCACCAAUGUGAAGUACUUGCAAGUGACGCAGCUUCAACAGAUAGCGAAGCUCGCGUUGCUCUUUAGCUUUACCUUCGCGCUCCUAUGCUGCCCGUUCCCCCUUGCGCUUGGCGCAGCCGGCGUGGAGGCUCCUGUCGCCCCUGAGCAGGGUGUAUGGCAGCUCAUGCUGGUCACUCUGGUUGCGUACCUGCUGCUGCCGGUGCGGACGCUGCUUGCGGUGCUUUUCGGUAUGAUGGUGGCGGUUUCCCACUUCAUUGUCACAGCAACAUCGGUUACGGACAGAAAACACAAGCUCUGGAGACCGCUGGUGGCCAAUGCUGUGCUGUUCACCAGUGUCAACCUGUCUGGCGUGUUUGUCAGGGUGCUCACUGAGCGUACCCAGAGGAAGGUCUUCCUACAGGCUAGGAACUGCAUAGAGGAGAGGCUCCGACUGGAGGAUGAGAAUGAGAAACAGGAGCGCCUCCUCAUGAGCCUGUUACCCAGGAAUGUUGCCAUGGAGAUGAAGGAGGACUUUCUGAAGCCUCCGGAGAGGAUCUUUCACAAGAUCUACAUCCAGCGUCAUGACAACGUCAGUAUCCUGUUUGCAGACAUCGUAGGGUUCACCAGCCUGGCGUCUCAGUGCACGGCCCAGGAACUGGUCAAACUGCUGAAUGAACUCUUUGGAAAGUUUGACGAACUGGCCACAGAGAACCACUGCAGACGUAUUAAGAUCCUGGGGGACUGUUACUACUGUGUGUCAGGUCUGACCCAGCCCAAGGCUGACCACGCCCACUGCUGUGUGGAGAUGGGCUUGGACAUGAUCGACACGAUCACGUCUGUGGUGGAGGCUACAGAGGUGGAUCUGAACAUGCGUGUGGGUCUGCAUACGGGUCGGGUGCUCUGUGGAGUUCUGGGACUCAGGAAGUGGCAGUAUGAUGUCUGGUCCAACGAUGUCACUCUGGCAAAUGUGAUGGAGGCAGGAGGACUGCCUGGUAAAGUCCAUAUAACGAGGACUACUCUGGAGUGUCUAAAUGGAGACUAUGAGGUGGAGCCUGGCUUUGGCCAUGAGAGACACGCCUUCCUAGAGAAACACCACAUCGAGACCUUCUUCAUAGUACCCUCCCACAGACGGAAGAUAUUCCCAGGCUUGAUUCUGUCGGACAUCAAGCCAGCCAAAAGGAUGAAGUUUAAAACCGUUUGCUACCUGCUGGUUCAGCUCAUGCACUGUAGGAAGAUGUUCAAAGCUGAGAUCCCAUUCUCUAACGUCAUGACCUGCGAGGAUGAUGAUAAGAGACGGGCGUUGCGGACGGCGUCUGAGAAGGUCCGUAGCCGCACAUCGUUCUCGGGAGCUGUGCAGCACCCUCCAGGUACACGGGUCAACCGCUACAUUGGCCGACUCAUCGAGGCUCGCCAGACAGACUCACAGACCACCGACCUCAACUUCAUUACACUCACCUACAGGAACACAGACAGGGAGCGCAGGUACAACCAGGAGUAUGAUGGCAACUUCAUCAGUGCAGUGAUUGUCUCCCUGGUCCUUGCGGCUCUCUUUGGCCUUAUUUAUCUUCUCAUGAUACCACAGGGACUGUUGGCACUGCUGUUGCUGGUACUGUGUAUGUGCUUCCAUAUGGUCUGUGUGAUGUAUCUGUACAUCACAAGUGUUCAGUGUUUCCCAGGGUGUCUCACCAUUCAGAUUCGAACAGUGCUCUGUGUGUUCCUAGUCCUGCUCACCUACUCUGUCACCCAAGCCUGUGUGGUGAGUUGCCUAACCUGGGCCUGGAUGAUGGGAGGUAACUCCACCGGUAUCUCUGUGGUCUCCAUGGACACGCCGGAUGGAUCAGGGACAGUGAAUGGGACGGUAUCAGACAGGGUGUGUCCGGGCGUUCCCUAUGCUCUACUCUCUUGCGUGGCCGGAACACUGACUGUCAUCCCUUACCUACACGUUUCCUCAUUACCCAAGAUCCUACUGCUCUUCCUUCUCUCCGUCCUCUACACUGUAACCAUGGAAACCAGCGGGUACCGUAUUAGCUUGGGGGGAGGUCUGCUUCACUCUCGGGGGUAUGAUCCGGUGCUGGGUCUUCUGUUGUUUGCGGUAGCUCUGGCCCUACAUUGCCGACAACUGGACCUCAAACUGCGCCUUGACUACCUAUGGGCCACUCAGGCAGAGGACGAGAGAGGCGACAUGGAGAAAGUUAAGCUGGACAACAAGAGGAUCCUGUUCAAUCUCCUACCUGCGCAUGUAGCCCAGCACUUCCUCAUGUCCAACCCCCGCAAUAUGGACCUGUAUUAUCAGUCCUAUAGUCAGGUUGGAGUGCUGUUUGCCUCCAUUGCAAACUUCAACGACUUCUACAUUGAGCUGGACGGCAACAACAUGGGAGUGGAGUGUCUCAGGCUGCUCAAUGAGAUCAUUGCUGACUUCGAUGAGCUGAUGGAUAAGGAGUGCUACAAGGACAUUGAAAAGAUCAAAACCAUCGGUAGCACAUACAUGGCUGCAGUAGGCCUGGUACCUACUACUGUCUCCAAGACUAAGAAGUCCACUGCCUCACACUUAUGCACGGUAGCGGAUUUCGCCAUUGAGAUGUUUGAUGUGCUGGAUGCCAUCAACUACCAGUCAUACAAUGACUUUGUUCUCAGAGUGGGUAUUAACGUGGGACCGGUGGUAGCAGGAGUGAUUGGAGCACGGAGGCCCCAGUACGAUAUCUGGGGGAACACAGUCAACGUGGCCAGCAGGAUGGACACGACUGGACUACCUGGCAAGAUACAGGUGACGGAAGAUGUGCACCGCAUUAUCAGGGUUAACUAUGACUUCGUGUGCCGCGGGAAUGUCAGCGUCAAGGGCAAAGGUCAGAUGCUCACCUACUUCCUGGAGGGCCAAAUCUCUAGCAGGGGCUCACAGCACCAGCCCAGGAGUCUGGAAUGUUGCCGGGCGUCUCUGUUCAACCGCUCAGCCGCCGGUGGCGUCCACACCAAACUGAGCCCGGCCCCGGCUGUGAACACCUAUGCCACAAUGCGGAGGCCCAACCCUGGCGUGGUGAACGCGGCAACCGCCUCAAACAACAGCGCCAUCCUCUACCUGCCCUCUGUGGCUGUUCCCAUGGCGACGGAGGCGUGAGGGACGGGCUGACAAGGAGACCGUCUCCAUGGUGACACAGGAUCCCUCCUUGACAGAGUAGAUGGAAAGUGGAGAGAUGGAGACAGAGAGAGAAUCAGAUAGGAACUGACUGAAGUCUAAUAGAGAUGAGAGGGGGAGAAAUGUGGGGGAAAUAUGUGUAUUCCACACUUUAUAGACUGUCAAUAGGUCCCCCUUUUUUAAAGAAUGUGGUUCCACAGUAUAGACAUCCAAAGAUAUAGCCCUGGAUUGUUUCCUUUAUCUCUCUGUCAGGAAGCUACGGCACUCAAGGAAUUUGGGCUCUGGCCAGCCUGACAAAAGACCAUGAUUUCUACUAGCCAGCGGUCUAAAAUGUCUACCAUGCAAAUUUCACUUGCCUGCGGGCCUAGUUUGGGACAUUUACCAGUUGGAAAGUACCUCUGCUGGCUUGACUUCUGUCCCUGUGGAGGAGUUGUUAAUUGAAGGGAUGGAUCUAUGUAAUGAAUAUUAUGGCACUGACUGUGCGUGGACCUUUGGGCCUCAGGUAGACUUCCACACAUGAUCUGACUGGAUCUGAGAAACGUAUUGAUCAACCCCACUGGCUGUGGACUGGAUCUGCAUGCUCCAAUCAACACCAACUAAUGAUCUGUUGAACUCUCUGGUUAGAUAUUUAUCUACUGGGUUACUGCAUCAACAGAUCACUGGCUGCAGCUGAAUCCGUCCCUGCAACACCAGGUCACUGAUGUACUGUAUGGUCAAAUGUCUUCAGGGCAGAGUCUCCCACCCUAAUCCACGAUCAAGCACACAAAAAAAACAGCAUAUAACAUUAUGUUUAAUUGCACUGUAUUAUUCAACUAAUUACAGUCACUGUUCUUUACGCACAAUGCAUAAUUCCCCAGUUAAACCCUCAUGCCCAUUACUUAACCUAACCAUGGUGUAAUCUAAUGCAUGCCUAAAAUAAGAACAAAUUCAUCUAGUUAUGGCAGCUGUUUCUGCAUCAGAAUUCUGCAUUAUUUUUCGGGGGGGGGGGGGGUGUAUUUGGAACAUGUGAACAUUUUAUUAACAUCUGUUUGGUGUAUUUGAUCUGCAUACCUGAUACCACCCAUCAUUCAUACCUGAUACCACCCGUCAUUCAUACCUGAUACCACCCGUCAUUCAUACCUGAUACCACCCGUCGUUCAUACCUGAUACCACCCGUCAUUCAUACCUGAUACCACCCGUCAUUCAUACCUGAUGUCACCCGUCGUUUAUACCUGAUGUCACCCGUCGUUUAUACCUAAUACCACCCGUCAUUCGUACCUGAUACCACCCAUCAUUCAUACCUGAUACCACCCAUCAUUCAUAACUAAUACCACCCAUCAUUCAUAACUAAUACCACCCAUCAUUCAUACCUGAUACCACCCAUCAUUCAUACCUGAUGCCACCCAAUGUUCAUACCUGAUGCCACCCGAUGUUCACACCUGAUGCCACCCGAUGUUCAUACCUGAUGCCACCCUUCGUUCAUACCUGAUACCAUCCAUCUUUCCUACCUGAUACCACCCAUCAUUCAUCAUUACCUAAUGAUUAAUGAAUAUGCUUUACUUAGGCAUUUAUUCACCUUGCAGUACCUAAGGUGAAUACACCUAAGCAUUAAUUCACCUUACCUGAUCAUUCAUUCAAGCAGCUCACCUUGUGUAACCAUUGCACUCACCUAACUUGACCAAAUUCAAUCCUUCAUUCUGGAUGUGAGAUGCGAUGUAUCUCACCAAUACAAACCGCUGGUCUUUACUAAAAUGUUUUUGCUGUAAAAGAUUCUGAUUUUCACAGCUAUUGAAAACAGUAAUUACCUUUGAAAUAGGGGACUGUUGGGAAGCAGUGAUUAGUAGGGGGUCAGCGAUGCCCACCAGUGUUGUUGGAUGUGUGAGGACAUCUUCCCGCUUCAUUGGAGUCCAGUUUGCAGUGUGUUUAUAUUGAAGUGGAUAAAUUAUGCUUAACCAGAAUCUUCCUUAUGACUUUCCAGUUAAUUCCAGUAAAUGUGUAGCAAUAAAACUGCUUGUGUUCUUCUGAAACAGAACAUCUCCUGCCUUGCCAUGCCUGCAAAUAGUAGCAGAGUUGCCAAUGUUUUUUCAAUGAAGACGACUUUUGGCUCCUUGAUUUUUAGCUAGUUGUCUUUAGGUAAUGCUCUUCCGUUGCCUCAGCAUCAGGUGGCUCAGUCUCUCAGUCCUAAUUGGAUAGUGUGGUUAAUUGUAAGAGCGUCCUCAUUGGAUAGAUGUUUAUUGUAUGAGCAUUCUGAUUAGAUAGCUGUUUAUUGUAAAACCAUCCAAAGUGGAUAGUGCUGUUUAAGUGCAUCCUGAAUGGAAAGUGAUUUUUACUGUAAGAGCUUCCUGAUUCCUAAUUGGAUAGUGCUGUCAACUGGAUCAUUCUGAUUGGUUAGUGCUGUUAACUGGCUCAUUCUGAUUGGUUAGUGCUGUUAACUGGCUCAUUCUGAUUGGUUAGUGCUGUUAAAUUGUAAGAGCAUGCAUUACUGAGUUUGUAUUUCUGUGCAAAAAAGAAAAGCAUGUCCUGGAGAGUUCUUUUUUUGUGUUGAUUGUAGUGAAAUUUCAAUUAUUUAAUGAUUUACAACAUCACAAAUUCUGUUGUUCACCUGGUCUGUAUGAGGAGAAAACACAGACCAACUAACACAUGGAUAAAGACUAAAAGACCCAUGGACCCAGUCAGACAGACACACAUGGAAACGGACAGACACAUGAAUAAAGACUAAAAGACCCAUGGACACUGACUGAAAGACCCAUGGACACAGACUAAAAGACCCAUGGACACAGACUAAAAGAUCCAUGGACACUGACUAAAAGACCCAUGGACACUGACUAAAAGACCCAUGGACACAGACUAAAAGACCCAUGGACACUGACUAAAAGACCCAUGGACACUCUUCUGUUCUACUCUAGUCCUCUUGCAUGUUCAAACUAUGCUAAGGAAAGCAGUGCUCUCUGUGUAUGGUGCUUCUGGACCUGUGACUUCUUUUGGGCAUUGUUCGUUGGUAUGGUCGACAAUUGGACUGACAAUUUGAUGUUUUGCGGCAGGCAAACAAAUCAUGUUGAAUCUAACUUGGAUCGUAUUCCUCUAUGACCAUAAUGAUAUGGAGUUGAUGAUGUUUCAAUGUGCCAACCUAUUCAAAUAGUCCAAAAAUACUUACUGGUAUGAAGUAGGUGAUGUUCUAAUGUGCCAACCUAUUCAAACAGUCCAAAAAUACUUAUUGGUAUGAAGUAGGUGAUGUUCUAAUGUGCCAACCUAUUCAAACAGUCAACAAAUACAUACUGGUAUGGAGUAGGUGAUGUUUCAAUGUGCCAAUCUAUUCAAACAGUCAAAAAAAUACAUACUGGUAUGGAGUAGGUGAUGUUUCAAUGUGCCAAUCUAUUCAAACAGUCAACAAAUACAUACUGGUAUGGAGUAGGUGAUGUUUCAAUGUGCCAAUCUAUUCAAACAGUCAAAAAAAUACAUACUGGUAUGGAGUAGGUGAUGUUUCAAUGUGCCAACCUAUUCAACAGUAAAUUUCUAUUUCGUACAUACUGCACUUAGUUCUGAUCAAAAUUAGUGCACUAUAAAGAGAAUAGGGGUGGGAUUUGGGAUUUUCAGUCAUUUGGAUUGCUACAAUGCUUUGCCGACUUUUUCUGUUUGUUAAAAAAUGCCUGUAUUUUUAUUGUAUUUAUUUUUAUUUGUUUAAAGGGGCUCUCAGUAAUUUUGUAAUUCAAACGAGAAAGUACGUAUUUUGAUUAGAAAAAAACUCUGUAGCACAUUGGAACACUGUAGCACAAUAAUAUUAAUAAUUGUAUUUUAUUAACAUGGAAGUGAUUUGGGAUAUUAUAUAAUUUCAUCCAGUACAUUUUAGGGGGACAUCUGAAAGAUGACUCCUUCCUCUCUCAGAGUCAGAUCUGAUCUGUCUUCAUAUCGUCAUAUCAGUUUAUGGGGGAGAAAAACAGAUUUUAUAUGACUUUGCUUUAGACAGCCAGUGAGAGUAAUGGACAGGGGUUCUAUAUUCUAUAUUUCAUGGGAAUUAGAGAUUGAUAUUUUCAUAUAUGAUACGGGUUGUAAUAUUGUGAUACGUUUAAAUAUUAUUGACUUUAUGUAGAAAGAUAUUACACACAAACCGGAAUGAUAAUUACAUAUUUUCAAUGCCCAGUUCUUUCUUUUGUUAAGUAUUGAACUAUAUGUUUAUGUGAAUGUACAUUUCUUAUGGAGAAAGUAUUUUAUACUAAGUGUUUGCACUGCUAUAAUAUUGAUGUAAUAUGAAAUAUAAUUGACACAGGCUGUG